CAUGCCGUUUGAAUGUGACACAAUACCUUUUGAACUCACUGUUUAUCCAACGUCUCUUUAGAUACGUCUAAUCGGCUUCAGGACGCCAACAUCCUUGAUGGCUUGUGUGUCAAGAAGAUGGAAAGUUUUAUUGGUCCUGAAUUUGAUAGCAGUCGGUGGAUUCAUUACUUUCUGGGGCAAGUGUAACAUACGCACGCCUAAAGGCAUUGGUCUGGAGGCUUCGGCAGAUCUGAGGAGACACACACAUUUCAACAUCACCGGUCAAGACACAAGCAUCACUCAGGAAAUCCUGUUGAGGAGACUCGGGUCACUGGAAGACGUGGUGUACAGGCAACUGAACGGCUUGUCAAAAUCACUGGGGCUCAUUGAAGGCUUUGGAGGUCGUGGGAGAGGUGGGCUGCCAGCGACCUUAGCUCCAUCCGAAGUGAAGGAGGCCAAAUUCCUGAAGGAAAAAUAUGGAUACAAUGCAUAUCUCAGUGACAAGAUAUCAUUGGACAGAUCCAUCCCCGACUAUCGACCGAGCAAGUGCAGGAAAAUCUUCUACCCGAGAGACCUUCCCCAGAUCUCGCUCAUCUUCAUCUUCGUGAACGAGGCGCUGUCCGUCAUCCUGCGCUCCGUCCAUUCGGCUGUCAAUCAUACACCGGCCCACCUCCUCAAGGAGAUCAUACUGGUAGACGACAACAGCGACGAAGAGCAAUUAAAGGGCCCACUGGAGGAGUAUGUCAACAAGCGCUAUCCGGGCCUCGUCAAAAUUGUGCGCAAUCAGAAGCGAGAGGGGCUUAUCCGCGCCCGCCUGGAGGGCUGGAAAGUGGCCACGGGGGAGGUGACGGGCUUCUUCGAUGCCCACGUCGAGUUCACUCCCUCCUGGGCUGAGCCAGUGUUGGCCCGCAUCAAAGAGGAGCGCAAGAGGAUCAUCCUGCCCUCCAUAGACAACAUCAAGUAUGAGACCUUUGAGCUGGAGCGCUAUGAGAACUCGGGCCACGGCUACAACUGGGAGCUGUGGUGCAUGUACAUCAGCCCGCCCAGGCAGUGGUGGGACGAAGGAGACACCUCCGCACCCAUCAGGACUCCCGCGAUGAUUGGCUGCUCUUUCGUGGUGAACCGCGAAUACUUUGGAGAGCUGGGCCUGCUGGACUCAGGCAUGGACGUGUACGGAGGAGAGAACAUCGAGCUCGGAAUCAGGGUUUGGCUGUGCGGUGGCAGUAUGGAGGUGCUGCCGUGCUCCAGGGUGGCCCACAUCGCCCGCACCAAGAAGCCGUACCACAGCAACAUCGCCUUCCACACACGCCGCAACGCCCUGCGCGUGGCCGAGGUCUGGAUGGACGAGUUCAAAUCCCACGUCUACUUGGCCUGGAACCUCCCCAUGGAGGGUCAUGGGAUUGAUUACGGUGACAUAUCCCAAAGAGUGGCCCUGAGGAAGAGCAUGGAGUGCAAGAACUUUGAGUGGUAUCUGGACAACAUCUACCCAGAGAUGAGGAGGUACAACAGCACUCUCUUUUACGGGGAGAUCCGCAACAACAACGUGACAAAUCUUUGUGUGGACCAAGGUGAGAAGGAGAACCACACGGCCACCCUGCACCCCUGUCAUGGCUGGGGACCACAGUUGGGUCGCUAUACUAAAGAGGGCCACCUGUUCCUGGGCCCCCUGGGCAGCACUGGGGACGACACGCGCUGUGUGGUGGAUGACGGCGUCAGUCCCUCACCUCAGCUCCUCAACUGCGACAAGAUCACCAGCCUCAAACAGAAGACAUGGAACUUUGCACAGAAUGAUGCAAUCGUGAACCGGGCCACGGGCCGCUGCCUGGAGGUGGUUCCGGCCAACGUGCUCUUUAGCAACAUGCUGGUGCUGAGGUCCUGCACGGGCCAGAGGUGGACCAUCAAGAACACCAUGAAGCAGUGACCCGACCUGACCCGCACGACCAGCACCAGCCAGCAGAGCCAGAGCCACAGCCAGCCCCGAUCCUCACCAGGACGACAGCGCAGCGGGCAGAGGAGAGGAGAGGAGAGGAGAGGAGAGUUGGACAACACUUGCUUUGGGCUGAAUCACUGCUCUCAAUAACGAAGACACGGUGGUUGUAAUCUGAGCACGCAGCUUAAUAAAAAAAGUACCAAAAAAAAAGAAAACGCCAGCCUUUUAUGCUCACUGGAGUUACUCUUGAGUGCUGGUGAACACGAUAACAGGCCUCCCUCUCUUUCUCUCUCUCUUUCGCCGCAAAGAGACUGAAGACUGUCUGGGACAAGGGACUUUGCCAAAACCAAAACAAGACAUGCUUUUGGUCCUCAACUGAAGAGAAAAAAAAUCCCAUUUCCCCUCAGGGAUAAAGUGUAUUACAUUUUUUCGUCCGUUCAUUGAUGUCGGUGAAUGGCAUUUAUCUACAAUAAAAACCAUUCUGCAAAUACUAUAUAGUGACCAUGGUGACUUUAGGGCCUUUAUCGUGUAUAAGAUGUCAUAUUGCUGUUGCUGAGGGAAAAAAGCAUUUAUCAGUGUGCUUGGGAAAAUAGUUCUAGGGUAUUUUUUUGUUUUCGUUAGUAGGUAUUGCUUUGAUAUAUGGAUUCAUGGACUCCAUUGUGAUCAAAGUGCCCCCUGCCCCCCUUAAUUUAAUUUCUGUUUGAAAUGUGAAUCAUUUGGAGCAUUCAAUAGCACUACAGUAGCAUGUAAUGUUAUUCGCACUUGGCAAAACUACUCGUAUGAAGAAAAGAUUGUUUUUUAUACAUCAGUGUGUGACACUGUAUCUUGGUGCCAUAUAGGAAUUUCAAAAAACAAAAAAAUAAACAACAAAAAAUGGGGAAAACAAUCUUGAUUGACCUUAACAUUCAAACAUUUAUCACUGCAUUGAAGGACUUGUAAAGAUGCCACAGUGGGACAGUUGGCCUACAUGCUGUAAAAAAUAAAUAAAUACAGAUUUAUAUUGUUUGAAAUGACAUGUAUUGUACGGUCAAAUAUUCAAUUGUUUCCGUGAUCAGAGUUGGAUUUUCCCAUACCGUCUUCCAUUUUGUAGUAACAUUAUCUUGGUUUGAAUAAAAAUCUGAAUUCUGUGAUGGCGGUUUA